AUGAAUGCCAUUACAAUAGCCGUUCAUUGGCACGACGAAAACAAACCCAUCUACUCAUUAGACUUGCAACCAAAUACAACUCAACACCAAAUUUCAAGAUUAGCCACAGGAGGUGGAGAUAAUAACGUACGGAUCUGGAAAUUUGUUGACAAUUCAGUUGAGUACCUAUCUACAUUGAGGAAACAUACUCAAGCUGUUAAUGUUGUCAGGUUCAAUUCGAAAGGUGACGUCCUUGCAACUGCAGGAGACGAUGGUUUCGUCUUCUUGUGGUCAAAAAGUGAUACUAUUAUCAAGGAUUUGGGUGAUGAAGAAGAUGAAGAUAUGAAAGAAAGUUGGCAGUGCGUUGGGAACAUUACAAUUGGCAAUGAAUUGGUUGACAUAUGCUGGUGCGAUGGCUAUUUGGCAAUAGGAUCGAUGGAUAAUACAUUGAGGGUGUAUCAUAUUGUUGAGAAUGGAAAGAAAUUAGUGGGAAAGCUAGUCCACACCUCGGAAAAUAAUGAUCAUUUCAUCCAAGGUGUAGCAUUCUCAAAACGUUAUUUGUUCACACAAUCUGCUGACCGUAGCAUUGUUUCUUAUAAGUUUGAUGAUGAUGGAUCAUUAUCACUACUUCAUAAAUUCCAAAAACUUGGAGGUACUCAAAUGUACCAAUCAGAAAACCUCCAGUCAUUUUUCAGAAGAUUGAGCUGCUCUCCCGAUGGGUCAUUAUUGAUAACCCCAGCAGGAUUAGAUGAAAAUGGGUCAAAUUGUGUCUACAUUUAUUCGAUAGCUAAUUUGCAAAGUGGACCAGUCAUCAGAAUAAGUGGCUUUAUAAAACCAGCAAUUAUCGUGUCAUUCAAUCCUAAGCUAUAUAAACUGCUGAGCGAAACACUGAUAUUACCGUAUAAAUUGAUAUUUGCUAUUGGAACGUUGGAUAGCAUAGUCAUUUACUCAACAGACAAUAACUUUAAACCUUUGGGACAGGUUUCCAACAUACAUUAUCAAGCUAUAACUGAUCUUACCUGGGAUGAAAAUGGCCAAAAGUUACUAGUCGGUUCGAUGGAUGGAUUCUGCUCUGUGGUGAAUUUUGAAGCCGACAUUUUUGGCCCCUUGUAUGACGGUCCAAAGGUUGAGAGUCUACAUUCGGAUAAAGUGCACCUUGAAACAACUGCAACCCCGCCUUCGCCGCCAAAGAAGCCAGCUCCUACAAUCGAUACGUUUUUCAAAGAUAAGAAGGGCAAGAAACGAAUUACACCCACAUUGAUUCUGUAA